AUGAAAUGCAAGGAAGCCAUGGAGCGAGGCCUCUUCUCAGCCGAAAUCAUUCCAGUUCCCCGUCCUACUUCUUCUGACCCCAAAAAGUCCGCCGCGGUGACAUCAACUACCAACGGAGUAGCUCCUUCAUCACUACUGCUUACCGACGAGGCCCCACGUGCCCAGACCACGGUCGAGAGUCUGGCUCGCCUCAAG